CAUUCUAUAACUGCCGUAGACCGGAAAUACUCCUGGAAUAUUCUUCUUCUUCUCCAUGUUUUCUCUCUCUAGAUCUUCUCUCUGUGAUUCUCAUACCAUGAAAGUGGACCAAGAAGUCAAACAAGAAGGUGGUGAUAAGUGCAGAGCCAUCAAGUUCGUUGAACCGCUUCCCAAGCUCUCAGCAAUGGUUACCGGAAAGGUGGAUGCUAACGGCGAUGAGCUAUAUCCUCCUGUUAACUUCUCCAUGGUCGAUUAUGGCAUCUACCGUUCCGGUUUCCCGGAGUCUGCCAACUUUGCGUACCUUAAAGCCCUAGGCCUCCGCUCUAUCGUAUAUCUGUGUCCUGAAGCAUAUCCGGAGCAUAACUUGGAGUUUUUGAAGUCUAAUCGGAUUCAGUUGCUUCAGUUUGGUAUUGAAGGCACUAAGGAACCUUUUGUUGAUAUUCCUGAGGAUACCAUUCGAGAAGCAUUAAAAGUUGUCCUUGAUGUAAGAAAUCAUCCUUUGUUGAUUCAUUGCAAAAGAGGGAAGCAUCGAACUGGUUGUCUUGUGGGAUGCUUAAGAAAAAUGCAGAGAUGGAGUCUACUUUCUAUUUUUGAUGAAUACCAGAGGUUUGCAGCUGCCAAAGCCAGAGUCUCAGACCAGAGGUUUAUGGAAUUGUUUGAUGCCUCUAGCUUGAAGAGGUAAAACCUAUUCUGAGGAGCUACAUGUCCUUUGGCUAGUGGCUAUUUGGGUCAGAAUAAACUGGAAUAGGCGAUGAUUUCCGCGAAUAUAUUUAGCAUUCAGGAUGAUGUUUGCCGUUCAUUGAGGAUUACACAAAUAGAUUUUUCUUACUGUUAGGACUAUGAGUUCUCUCUGCUCCCAUUGCUAUCCACUAGUUGAUUCUAUCAUUUGCUAAGAUGUUUAAUCAUUUGUAACCUAUUGAAAGGAGCCAACGUAACUUAAUAAAAAAAAUAUUUUUAGA